AUGAGGGACCUUGGAGAUGGCGAGGGUGGUUAUGUAGCAAACGCAUUAGGGAGAACCAUGCUACUUCCCACCGACGUGGAUGAGUUGAAGAAAAUGAGGAUGCAGAAGGCUCUCCAGGCCACCUAUAGGAUGGAGGAGGAAGUGAACAAGCAGAGUAAGGCGGCCGAGAAUGAACGCUCCAAGCGCUUAGAGGCCACGCGGACUCUCAAAGCUUCCGAGGACGACCUCACCAAGGCCAAGGUUGCCUUAACGGAAGCUAUCCGAGAUAGGGAUAGCGCCUCGGCGGGUUUUGCUGGCGCCCAAAAACAAGUCGAGGAACAGACAAAACGUCUGCUCGAAGCCGAGGAUCAGUUGCGAAUAGUCAAGGAGCAGAUCAGUGAUUUAAAGAAAAGACUGAUCUUGGCAGAGAAUGACAAAGGUGUGGCGGAGUAUGCCCCAGACGAAGCCAUGAGGGCCAAGCAGAAGGCUGAAUUUGCCAGAAACGAGGCUAAGGCUGCCAAGGAAACGGCCGAGGAUGAGGGUUACAACGCGGGGGUAGCUGACACCCAAGCCUCCCUUAAAACCCAAAUUCCCGAAGUAUGCAGGCUUUACUGCUCCCAGGUUUGGGAAGAGGCCUUGAAGCGAGCUGGGGUGGAUGCUUCGUCUGAUUUGUGGAAAGCGGAGAACAUAUUCUACCCUACAGCCAUUCGUGAGGCCACCUCCACCAGCUCCGAGGCUGUGAGCGACCAAUAUGAGGGAGAGGUCACUCAUUCGGAAGCUGUAUAG